AUGGAAAAGUUCCUGCGCGAUUGGCGGCAGGAUGCUCUCAACAAACACCAGUACGAGUCUGCCAUUUUCGUCGGCGACAAGCUGCUCGCCUUGACCAACAAUGACAAAGACGCCUUCUGGCUGGCUCAAGUCCAUUUCUCGACGGCGAAUUACACGCGCGCACUUGGCUUUCUCUCGCGACAAGAUCUGAUUGCUCGCAAUCCGUCAUGCAAAUACCUCGCUGCCCAUUGCUACGUCAAGCAGAGCCGAUACGACGAAGCAUUGCACAUCCUCGGCGACAAGAAUCCCGUCCAUCUCAUCACCUCCUCCGAUCGAUCGCGCCGGAAAUUGCAACACCUGGACCCACGCAAUGCGCUUGGGAAGAUGGCCAAACUGCCUCAGUUGCGGUCAGAUCGAGCAGAUCGCAGUGAAGAAAGAGACAAGGAAGAUAUGAGCAACAUCCGCUUCGAGGCUGCCAUGUGCUACUUGCGCGGUCUCUGCUAUGCAAAACAAAACGCUUUUGAUCGCGCCAAAGAUUGCUACAAAGAUGCCGUGCGGAUUGAUGUACUGUGCUUCGAGGCUUUUGAUCAGCUCAUGAAGAACUCGCUCAUGUCGCCAGCCGAGGAGUGGGAGUUCCUGGACUCGUUAGACUUUGACAAUAUCAGUGCUUCGGACACGCCUGCCUCGAGCAUGCAAGAAGCUGGAGAGUUUACAAAAAUGCUGUACAUGACGAGGUUGUCAAAGUACAGCAGACCCGACGACUUCAACGCUGCAGUCGAGACUCUGUCAACGCAUUACAACCUCUCCAGCAACUCUUCCAUCUUGUUAUCCAAGGCCGAGCUCCUCUUCACCAAUUGUCGCUUCCGAGAUGCGCUCGCCCUAACCACUCAAAUCCUCGAAACAGACCCUUACAAUUUUUCCGCUCUUCCUGUCCAUUUAGCCGCCCUCUUCGAACUCAAAGAAACAAAUGCCCUCUUCCUUCUCUCCCACGAUCUAGCAGACACACAUCCAGAAGAAGCAUGCACCUGGCUCGCAGUAGGCACCUACUACCUUAGCAUCUCGCGCAUCCCCGAGGCCCGUGGCUACUUCUCCAAAGCCUCGCUCAUGGACCCGCACUUUGGCCCCGCUUGGAUUGGUUUCGCACAUACUUUUGCCGCAGAGGGUGAACACGAUCAAGCCAUCUCUGCAUAUUCGACUGCCGCCCGCCUCUUCCAAGGCACACAUCUCCCCCAACUAUUCCUCGGCAUGCAAAACCUGUGUCUGGGAAACUUGAGCCUGGCCAGAGAGUACCUGGAGACUGCAUACACAAUGUGCGAAAACGACCCUCUGGUACUCCNNAACGAAAUGGGAGUCGCAUACUACCAAGACCAACGAUUCGACUCUGCAAUCCGCACCUUUGAACUCGCCAUCUCCAUUGCCGAAGAAGUUUCCGCAUCGUCGUCUUCAUCCGCAAGUCUAGAUAUAAAAACCAAUCUCGCACAUGCCUAUCGACGCAAUUCCCAAUACUCAGCUUCCCUAGAAACAUUUUCUGAAGUCUUGAGAUUGGGAGGUAAACACGCGGCUAUUUUCUGUGCUAAAGGGUUGGUACUUCUGGAGCUCGAAGAAUGGUUCGAGGCUACGGUUGUUUUGCACGAGGCCCUUGCGUUGAGUCCUCAAGAUCCUAUUGCUACUGAAUUGCUUUCUCGCGCUUUGGAAGGGCUUGAGGCAGAGACGAGGGUCCCGGAUGCAGAAGACGAGGAAAUGGACAGGAUAUUAGAAUCCAAACUCGCUAUUGUGGAGGAGAGGNAAUAG